AUGGUGAUUCCAUUUUCAAAUACAAAAUUACGUGUACCAAAAGGUUUUCAAAGCCUUUUAGUUGGUUUAUCAACUGAAAUUCUUCGAAGUCAACCAAGAAAUAUUAAUGAAUUUGCUGCUGAUUAUUUUGAGAGAUUACUGCAACGACGUGAUGAUGUAUCAACAACAAAUAAGAAAAAAAAUUCAAUUUGUGAGCAAUCAUCAUCAAUCACUGUUGACAAAUUUGCCAAUGUUCCUUUUAUUGAUUCGGAAGAAAAAUUAGCAACAACUCCACCACCACCAUUAUUACCAUCAAAUGAUAAUGAUGAACAAACAACAGUAAAAAAUAAUUUCGAAACAACAAUAUCAUAUUCAAAUAAUGAAACAAUUGUUAAACUCAAACAAGAAGUAAUAACAUUUGUUCGUGAAAAAAUUCUUUCAGAUAAAGAUGAAAAACAAAAACUUAUUGAUUAUGUACAUAAACGUAUUAUUGGUAAUAAAGAAGAAAGACAAAUUAUCAAUGAACAUCUUGAACAAUGUUUCAAUGAUAUACAACAAAAUCAGAUAAUUAAUGAUGAAAAUAAUAAUAUUAAAAAACGUUUAAUGAAUAUUAUUACGAUAUAUGUUGCAUCACAAUCAUCAGAUAAUUCAUUUUUAAAAGCACUUUAUGAUAAAAUGGGUCCAACACUUGAUUUAAAUACUUUAAAUGCUGAAACAAAUGAACAUGAAGUUGUUAAUGUAACAGUAACAAAACGUGUACGUCAAGUUUUUCUUGAUAAUUCAUCAUCAUCAUCAAUACCAAAUGAAAAUACAAAUUUAAAAAAUACUGUUAUUCAUUUAACAAAUAAUGAACAUAACAUUCCUGACGAUCUACCUGAUGAUAUAAGACGUAAAGCUGAACAAGUAUUAAAUAGUUUUAAUCAAGUUAUUCAUUCAAAAUAA